AUGACAGUCAUCGGCCUUCCAGAAGAUGUAUCUGAUGUAUGCCCGCUGGCUCUCGGCUUCUCGAGCCUCUAUAAGAUGGGUCUGACCAACGAAACAUUGCACGCAAAGAAAGGUGUUCAGAAAAGCGACCAAGGCUCGUUUCCCGACAACAUCCCAGUCAUCGUCACCGAUAUGGGCUGCUGGCCCGAGGCUCCUGGCGGUGUUUCGAACUGCCGUCGUGACCUGGUGAAUGGGCACUCGACAAUCGACAAUCACGUUGUUGCUGAGUGUAACAAUGAGUAUGGUGUCCUGCGUUACCCAGUGAAGAAAAGCGUACGGUCUCUCAAGCGGCUACCGCUAUGGGGUCUAGACUCAGUGACGGCCGAUCAUGGGAUCAUCAACAACCUAUCGCAGUCUCAGGUGGACGAUAAAUCUGCUGACACGCAUCUCGCGCGGGAUGUACAGGGCUAUUUUGUCCCAUUACUAAGGACAUUCGUUCGUCAUGCCCGAUGCAAAAUUCCCUCUCGGGCCAGCAUGACAGAGUGCCGAGACGUCCUCGUUUCCAUGUCGGAAUAUUUCGAGCGCAAAGAUUACGCCAAAACUUGGGACUCGGAGCAGACGGAACAGGCCUGGAUCGAAGCUUGGAUACAGCCGCUGGACCCUUCCAGAUAUACCAACUAUUGCGGCAAAGCCAGCGAGAUUUCCUUGGAGAGCCCUAGCCUCUCCGAUUUGCGCGAAGCGCUAGCGUCCUACAGGACUCUCUUCUUCAUCCUCUCCGUUACCAUACCACAAGAUGGUGAUGCAUGUCCCCGGGUCUUUCAAGCAUCACACCACGGCUUUGGUAGCAUGCUAGGUCUCGUCCUCAAGUACCGCCGUGGAGUCAAUUUGGCCGUCUGGGACCAUGCCAUCCUUUGGCGAGAAUCUCUCCUACAUUUGAGCCCGGCACAGAGCCAUCUUCCUUUGUUUGUUCAGUCCGCGAUGCUGGCUGGCAUGCGACUGGUGGGCCAACUGGCUUACUUCCACGCUGACGUGGUCAUGCCAUGUACAUCCACCUUCAAUCCUCUGUGGGAGACAGAAAUUGGUACAGAUCAAGGCCGACUAACCAGUCGGCAACUGUUCCACCGCAAGAUCGAGCCAGUAGUGAACGGCAUCGGUAACAUGGCUGCCUUCAAGCCUACUCCGCCCCAGGAAGUACAGACAACGAGACCGACAGUGGUAAUGCUGUCUCACGUGCAGCCCAUCAAAGGCAUACGGCCAGCUAUCGAGGCAGCGGACGUGAUUGUCAACACUUGGGGAUUUCGAGACUACCAGCUACUGAUAUACGGCGCCAUCGACCAACCGGGUGAAUAUCAAGUGCUGACCUCCUCCGUCAACGACCAACAGUCCGGCUACGCAUGGGAGAUUUCGCGCCUAAUCGUUCAGAGGGGACUCGGUGAUAAUGUUCAUCUAAAGGGACUAAGCAGUGACGCCACAAAGGCUCUUAAAAACGCAUGGAUCUUCAUGAACUCCUCCCUUAGCGAGGGUCUGCCUCUCGCUGUCGGCGAGGCCGGUUUGACAGGCGUGCCACUUGUGGUGACCGACGUGGGUUCAACGGCACAGGUGUUGACCGACCCCGAAACGAAACAACGCAAGAGCGCAAGUCUCGAUUCUGGCAAUGGUGGGAACAUGGACAAAGUUUACGGCAGAGGAUACUGGCAAGAUGGAGCAUAUGCUGACAUAUCACAUCACCGCUCGAGAUACGGAAUACUUGGCAAGGCGAAUGGUGGAACACGCAGAAGACCGGCGAAGGCUAGGCUUGCUUGGCCGUCAAGUCAUUAG